CUCUUGGCUUCAGCUAUGGCCAGAAAAGGUUCAACUAUUAAGGCUGCUCCAAUGAAAGAAGAGGAACCAGUUACAGAACAGGAAAAAAUCAAACCCAAAAGGAAAAAGCUUGGACAAGAAAUUGAUGAAAUCUUCUCCAACAAGAAGUUGAAGAAAGCCGAAGAACAACAAAUGGAGAAGGCAACAGAAGAUGGUAUUGAGAAGCCAAAGAAAAAGAAAAAGAAGAAUAAGUUUCCUAAAAAAGAUGGCUUUGUUGAUCCCCCUCCUCGAGAAAGAAAGAGAACGGAGGAUGGCUUUGCUAUUUACACCGAGGAAGAGCUGGGAAUUGUGAAGUCAGAUGCUGGAGGCACCCCACUUUGUCCCUUUGAUUGUUCUUGUUGCUUUUGA